AUGAAGGUCAUCAUCCUUGGGUGCAACCACGGUGGAACAGCCGUCGCGAAGACCAUCAAGCAGCAUGACCCAAGCAUCGAGGUCUCCAUCUACGAGAGAAACGACAACCUGUCUUUUCUGUCCUGCGGGAUAGCUCUCGGUGUCCACGGGACGGUUAAGGACAUGGAGUCGCUCUUUUACUCCAACCCGGAUGACCUUGCGGGACUCGGGUGUGUCUGCCACAUGCAGUACAACGUCACGGAUAUCGACUUUACUACCAAGAAGCUUACCGCAGUUAGCCUCGUGACCAAUGAGACUGUGACGGAGAGGUAUGACAAGAUUGUCUUUGCCACGGGCUCCUGGCCAAUCAUCCCUGACAUCCCGGGCAUCAAGAGCGACAAGGUCCUUCUCUGCAAGAACUAUAUGCACGCCAAGAAAAUCGUCGAAACGUUUUCUCACGAGGAGAACACCAAGCACUGCGUAGUUAUCGGGGCGGGGUACAUCGGUGUCGAGCUUGCCGAGGCCUUCGGGCUGAAGAACCAGCCGUGCACGCUUAUUGACGGCUCUGGUAGGAUCAUGUCUCGUAACUUCGACAAGGAAUUCACUGACAUCUGCGAGGAUGAGAUGCGUGCCCAUGGCGUUCAGCUCCAGAUGGGUGAGAGACUGGAGGCCUUUGACGAGGACGAUGGCAAGAUUGUUGUCAGGACCAGUAAGGGUGUCUACAGUGGAGACGCGGCUAUUCUUUGUAUCGGCUUCCGCCCAGUCACGGAGAUGAUCCUGGAGUCUGCGGAGCGUCACGGUGUCAAACUCGACGUUCACCACCCAUCGAAGGCGAUCAUCAUUGAUGAGUGUGCGAGGACGAGUCUGCCCGGUGUAUACGCCAUUGGAGACUGUGCGACGAUCCACUACACGGUCACAGAUGAGGAUAGGUACAUGCCCCUUGCAACUAAUGCCAUCCGUACAGGCCUGGCCGCUGCUGCGCAUAUCCUCAAGCUGAAGCACCUCAGGCUUAUCGGAACGGAGGGCACGUCGGGGAUCCGCAUAUUCAAGCACCAUAUGGCUUCAACGGGCCUGACGGAGGAGGGCGCCUUACUUGCUGGCAUCAAGAAUGUUAAAUCCGUCAUCAUUAAUGACACGGACAGGCCUGGGUUUAUGCCAACCAACGCAAACGUCAUGGUGAAGCUUGUCUACGACGGGGAUACGCACCGGGUCCUUGGUGGGCAAAUGAUGUCGGAAGCGUCUGUCAACCAGGUCAUGAAUGCACUUGCUGUGUGUAUCCAGAACAGGUACACGAUUGAAAAGAUGGCUGUCCAGGACUUUUUCUUCCAGCCCCACUACAACAACCCGUGGAAUACGCUCAACGUUGCUGCUAUUAGUGCGAUAAACAAGAAGGACUGA